UUGUAAGCUUGACUAUCGUAUAAUUCCGUUUUGACAUUUAUAUGCGUGACGCUAACUAGACUUACCUAAGGGUGGAAAAUAUGGAAUACGGGGAAACUAUUCAAAACGAUAUUUUAUUUUUCCUCAAAUCACAUAGAAGUGUUUUAAUUCCAGGUUCGCUUCUGUUUUUACAGAAAUGAUUGUUAUAGGAAUAAUAAUAACAAAAACUUUUAAACCGUGACAUUUUGUUUUUAUAAAUGGUCUAAAUUUGGAAAAUAUUUGUUGAGGAACAAAUUGUUAUUAGUUGCUUAUUUUAUACAUAUACCGUCGGCAACAAUAUGGCUUCCUCAUCUGAGUUUGAGAAAACGAUGGUUGUAAAUAUUGGAAAUUUUGAAAAGAUACAAAAUUUUCUUAAUGAUAAAGAAAAAUACAAGGAAAUUUUAGAAAACAGCGAAAACUUCAAUACCCGGUUAUGUAUUGAACGGCGACUUCGCAUGCCUUUUCUGGACCCUCAAACUGGAGUAGCGCAAACACACUGUGCCCUUUUUAUGAAAAAAAAACAGCGCAUGCCAGGAUUUCGCCAUGGUCAGAUAUAUACGUACCCGUCCUCGCGAUGGCGAAAACCAAAACGCCAAUAUUUGCUUAACUCCAAUCAGAGCUAUCGAGCUUAUCAGUAUCGGGAGCCCCAUCAACACAUUCACCAUCAACACCAGCAUCACCACCACCAUGCAUCAGCACCUGUCGCUGUUGGCACUCGUGAUGUCCAUCAAAUGGAAAGCGCAGUGAUCGUGGCUGCUGAUGGAAAUUCCAUGGGAGCGUCCGGGGACAAUGACAGUAAGGAUUCUCAUGCAAAUGCGGAAAAAGAAUGGUUCCAUGACGAAAUGGAUGUAUCACAUUAUCAUCAUGGUGAUGAUUAUGAAGAUGAUUUCGAUUCCGAUAAUGAUUUUGACGAGUCCUACACCAGCAGGGGGAAACGCAAGCGAGGGACUCGGCCACGGCGGUCCAAUUCACAUGCUGAAAGUACACCAAAACGUGGUCGCAAAGGUGGUGGCAAUCGUCGUAGAAAUGCCAUCGAAGGAGAAUCCGAUCGCAGACGUCGCGGAUGUGGAAAUGGUGCUAACACUUCUGCAGCUGCUGCAGCGGCAGCUGCUGCCGUAGCUCAUGCUGCAAGCACUGCAGCAGCAGCAGCUGCCGCCACAGGUCUUUAUGCAACGCAUUCCAAUUCUGCCUCACCUAUUCCGCCAAACGAUGAAACUUCCCAAUCGGCACUAGUCAUUCCAGCCUCAUCAUACGAAAAGGCGUCGAGCGAUGCUGGGGCUUCAAAUGACUCUAUUCCAUUAGCAACUAUGGCUGGAAUAACAGGUUUGAACUUAGCUGGAUCAGCAAAUGUUGCUUGCACCCCUCCUAUGUAUUCAACAAAUAAUAACGCUUCAACCACGGGUGCUAGCCCAAAAAAGGUCAAAACACGAAUUGAGCGUGAAGUUGCUCAACCAUCUCCCUAUUGCGACUUUUGUCUUGGUGACCAACGUGAAAACAAAAAAACUAGUAUGCCCGAAGAGCUCGUUUCAUGCUCAGACUGUGGCCGCUCUGGUCAUCCAUCAUGCCUUCAGUUUACAGCAAAUAUGAUAAUAUCAGUCAAACGCUAUCGAUGGCAGUGUAUUGAAUGCAAAUACUGUUCUAUUUGUGGAACCUCAGACAAUGAUGACCAGUUACUUUUCUGCGAUGAUUGCGACAGAGGUUAUCAUAUGUAUUGUCUUUCGCCACCACUUAUUACACCACCUGAAGGUUCGUGGAGUUGUAAAUUAUGCAUAGACGAGUUCCAUAAGAACAAAUUUGAAAAAAAUUAAUAGUCAUCAUUAUAACGUACCGUAAAUUCUUGUUUUGGAAAGUGUUUUUAACUUAAAAAUAAUGAGCGCAAUGAGCGAACUCUACUUGUGUAAAAUAAUUUUGUUUUUAAGUAUUCCAUGUAGCUACUAAGUAAUGUGGCUAUGAAUUCUUAUUCUCACAGCCUGGCUUAUAAAUUGUAUCCGAUUAUAAGAUACAGCGUAGUUGACCCAUAUUUAAGGUCACGAUUAUCAUAGACAUUAUAUCCUUUACCUAUAUGCUAUCUAGGUAUAGAGUUUGUAUGAAUCGUUACUUUUGCUUUUGCACACUUUUGGCAAAUAACGCCUUCAUGCAAGUAGGUAUAAAUUGAAGUCGAAGUGCAAAAAUCUUUCAGAAUUGCCUAUUUUAAGAUUAUAAUUAAAGCCUCAUUGCAAAAAAUUCCAUAUUUCGGUUUCAAUACAUUUCUGAAAAUCGACCAAUAACACCCGAUACAUUUUCUGCGAUUGUAUAAAAAAAGACUUAGCGAUACCA